AUGAACGGCGGGGCUCUGCCGCCGCUGCCCGCCGCAGCCCGCGGCCGCCGGCGGCCCGUCCCCGAGCUGCUGCGCUGCAAGCGCCGCCUGGCCUUCGCCGCCCUGCCGGGCACCGGGGCGGCGGCGGCGGCCGCCGUGGCCCGUCGGAACGAGCGGGAGCGCAACCGCGUGCGCCUCGUCAACCUGGGCUUCGCCGCCCUCCGCCAGCACGUCCCCCACGGCGCCGCCAGCAAGAAGAUGAGCAAGGUGGAGACCCUCCGCUCCGCCGUCGAGUACAUCCGCGCACUGCAGCGGCUCCUCGACGAGCACGACGCCGCCGCCUCUUUCCCCGACGGUCGCGGACGGGUGGCCGUCGGGGAAGUUGGCGGCGGCGGGUACUCCUCCGCGUCGCCCUCCUUCGCCUCCUCCGCGCCCGGCUCGCCGUGCUCCUCCGAGGAGAGCGGCUACGACGUGGCGCUGAGCCCCGAGGAGAGGGAGCUGCUGGACUUCACCAGCUGGCUGGGGAGCUACUGACACGGCGGGAGCCCGCAGCACAUCGGCACCCGCGGUCUCGCCGGCGGCAUCACCCGAAAGUACUGACCUCCACCCCGGCGUGGCCCCGCUGGCUGCUCUUCUCGCCGGGUUCAGCCGUCGUCUUCUGGCUGUGGAAAGUGCAAUGGGGUAGUUGACUGCGGGGUCCCGCUCCUUGCGCGGGGACAGCGGCUCCGCCUGCCCGCCGGGAGCUGCCGACCCCACGGGAGGAUGCCCGAGCGAAGCUGCUUUCCCCCGCCGCUGCUGUCUGGUGUUGCUUUGGAGGGGUGGAAAAGGGAAAAAAAAAGACAUUAGAAACACUUGAUACUUCCUUAUUUCUGGAGGGGGAGGGAAUUUUUUAUCAUGUCAGAUUCUAUUUUAUAUGUAACUUGAACUGCCUAUAGGGACAUUGGUGUAUGAAGACUUAUUUUUGUACAACAAACCUUAGAGAAAAGGGAUGAGAUGGUUCUAUUUUUAGCAGAUCCUAUCCAUUUGUUCUUGAACACUACCAGCUGGAAUGUUUUGGGAACAUACACCUUAUAGAUGCAAAGGUGUUUCUUUGUUUGUUUUUUAAUUAUUCUUUCCAAACACUUUGGUAAAAGACUGUAAACUUAUGUUGUGUUUUAACGUGGUGUCUGAGUUUGCCUGGUGUGAAGGUCCACCUCUCUGAAAACUGAAGUUUUUUUAAAAAAAUGUAUUGAAGGCAUUUUUGUAUGCA